UGUGUGAAUGUUGUCUGUCUAUCUGUGUUGGCCCUGUGAUGAGGUGGCAACUUGUCCAGGGUGUACCCCGCCUUCCGCCCGAAUGCAGCUGAGAUAGGCUCCACGACCCCGAAAGGGACAAGCGGUAGAAAAUGGAUGGAUGGAUAGUCAUAAAUUCCAGUCAAUGACUUUAAACAGUGUAGUGACAAUCAAAACAAGAGCUUUAUCAUGUUUUAGGAAAUUAUUGAUCUUUAUAUUUGACUCUUCCUGGGAAAGCUGCUCAUUUGUUCAUUUAGCAUCAAUAUUAUCAAACAUGCAGUAUCUACCACAAGAAAAAGAGCCUUUAUGAGUCGUACAUCCUAUCCAUCCAUCCAUGUUUUACUGCUGGCGUUUCCUAAAAAGAAUAAGGCUGGAGGGGGCUUCAAUAUCCGAGCAGAGGCGAGAUCACUUGAACGCGUCACGACUUGACGAACAGCGGUGGGCGGGGCGUGACGUGACGUUUACGGACUGGUGGACAGCGUCGAAACUCUCAGCUCAUUUCAUCGAGGGCUUGUUGUCGACGGGACGGAGUCUACGGAGAAAGUUGGGAGAUUUCACGCAACCAAACCAGGCUCGGGGAACAUUUGGAAGAAGAGUGAACCGAGUGGACAAAAGUCGGAGUCCGUGGGAAAGGAAAUGUGUCGACGGUGGCGGACUUGAAAGCCACUUUGAGGCGCGAAGGGGAGACAAACAUGCGAGCCUCCUUGCUGCUGCUGCUGCUUGGACUGUGGAGGACUUGUGUGGGCCAGUACUCCAGCGACCAGUGCAGCUGGAAGGGCAGCGGGCUGACUCACGAGGGCCACACCCGGGACGUGGAGCAGGUGUACCUGCGCUGCUCGCAAGGUUCUCUAGAGUGGCUCUACCCUACCGGCGCCAUCAUCGUCAACCUGCGGCCGAACACGCUCUCCCCUGCUAGCGCCCGCCUCACAGUCUGCAUCAAGCCCAGCGCCGACUCCAGCGCCACUAACAUUUAUUUGGACCUCAAUGGGCGGCUACGACUGCUGCUUCGCGAGCAGGACCAGGCCCGCAGUAAAGUGCACUGCUUUGGCAUACAAGAGGGGGCGCUGUUUAUCGAGGCCGUCCCACGCACGGAUAUCAGCCGGCGGGUUACGGCGUUCCAGUACGAGCUAACGAGCAACAUGCACGGAGUGGAAGAGCCCUCGCUGGCAGCUCCAUGUCAGCCUUGCAGUGAUGCUGAGGUUCUUCUAGCAGUGUGCACCAAAGACUUUGUGGCGCGGGGCAGCAUCCAGCAGGUGGAGCAGGAAGAGGAGCGCUCGUCCGUCAGCGUGGACAUCAGCCGCCUCUACAGACAGAAGACCCAGGUCUUUGUCCCGGGGGGUCCCAGGGUGCGCAGGUGGUCGGGGAACAUCAAGAUGCCCCUGCAGUGCCGCAUGGAGCCCAGGGAGGGCCAGUUCCUCUUCACGGGGACGGUGCGCUUCGGGGAGGCGUGGAUGGGCUGCGCCCCGCGAUACAAGGACUUCCUGCGCCUGUACAGACAGGCGCUGAGUCAGGGGAGCAACCCUUGUCACCUGGACACGGACUGAGUGGUCUCCGUGGUGACCAGGACGACCCCUUGUCACCUGGACACGGACUGAGUGGUCCCCAUGGUGACCAAGACAACCCUUUUGUCACCUGGACACUGACUGAGUAUGGACUUGUUUGGAGCCAGAGGUCUCCAUGGUAACCAAGACAACCCCUUGUCACCUGGACACGGACUGAGUGGUCUCCAUGGUGACCAGGACGACCCCUUGUCACCUGGACACGGACUGAGUUGUUUCCAUGGUGACCAGGACGACCCCUUGUCACCUGGACAUAGACUGAGUGGUCUCCGUGGUGACCAAGACAACCCCUUUGUCACCUGGACACUGACUGAGUAUGGACUUGUUUGGAGCCAGAGGUCUCCAUGGUAACCAAGACAACCCCUUUUCAUCUGGACACAGACUGAGUGGUCUCCGUGGUGACCAGGACGACCCCUUGUCACCUGGACACAGACUGAGUGGUUUCCAUGGCGACCAAGACGAACCCCUUGUCACCUGGACACAGACUGAGUGGUCUCCAUGGUAACCAAGACAACCCCUUGUCACCUGGACACUGACUGAGUGUGGACUUGUUUGGAGCCAGCGGUCUCCAUGGUAACCAAGACAACUCCUUGUCACCUGGACACGGACUGAGUGGUCUCCGUGGUGACCAGGACGACCCCUUGUCACCUGGACACGGACUGAGUGGUCCCCAUGGUGACCAAGACAACCCUUUUGUCACCUGGACACUGACUGAGUAUGGACUUGUUUGGAGCCAGAGGUCUCCAUGGUAACCAAGACAACCCCUUGUCACCUGGACACUGACUGAGUGGUCUCCAUGGUGACCAAGACGACUCCUUGUCACCUGGUCACGGACUGAGUGGUCUCCAUGGUGACCAAGACAACCCUUUUGUCACCUGGACACUGACUGAGUAUGGACUUGUUUGAAGCCAGAGGUCUCCAUGGUAACCAAGACAACCCCUUGUCAUCUGGACACGGACUGAGUGGUCUCCAUGGUGACCAGGACGACCCCUUGUCACCUGGACACGGACUGAGUGGUCUCCAUGGUGACCAAGACAACCCUUUUGUCACCUGGACACAGACUGAGUAUGGACUUGUUUGGAGCCAGAGGUCUCCAUGGUGACCAAGACAAACCCCUUUGUCACCUGGACACUGACUGAGUGGUCUCCAUGGUGACCAAGACGACUCCUUGUCACCUGGACACGGACUGAGUGGUCUCCAUGGUGACCAAGACAACCCCUUUGUCAUCUGGACACUGACUGAGUAUGGACUUGUUUGGAGCCAGAGGUCUCCAUGGUAACCAAGACAACCCCUUGUCACCUGGACACUGACUGAGUGGUCUCCAUAGUGACCAAGACGACUCCUUGUCAUCUGGACACGGACUGAGUGGUCUCCAUGGUGACCAAGACGAACCCUUUUGUCACCUGGACACUGACUGAGUAUGGACUUGUUUGGAGCCAGAGGUCUCCAUGGUAACCAAGACAACCCUUUUGUCACCUGGACACUGACUGAGUAUGGACUUGUUUGGAGCCAGAGGUCUCCAUGGUAACCAAGACAACCCUUUUGUCACCUGGACAAUGACUGAGUAUGGACUUGUUUGGAGCCAGAGGUCUCCAUGGUAACCAAGACAACCCCUUGUCACCUGGACACGGACUGAGUGGUCUCCAUGGUGACCAGGACGACCCCUUGUCACCUGGACACGGACUGAGUUGUUUCCAUGGUGACCAAGACGACUCCUUAUCACCUGGACACGGACUGAGUUGUUUCCAUGGUGACCAGGACGACCCCUUGUCACCUGGACACGGACUGAGUAUGGACUUGUUUGGAGCCAGAGGUCUCCAUGGUAACCAAGACAACCCUUUGUCACCUGGACACAGACUGAGUGGUCUCCAUGGUGACCAGGACGACCCCUUGUCACCUGGACACUGACUGAGUAUGGACUUGUUUGGAGCCAGCGGUCUCCAUGGUAACCAAGACAACUCCUUGUCACCUGGACACUGACUGAGUGGUCUCCAUGGUGACCAAGACGAACCCCUUGUCACCUGGACACAGACUGAGUGGUCUCCAUGGUGACCAAGACGACUCCUUGUCACCUGGACACUAAUGAGUGGUCUCCAUGGUAACCAAGACAGAUCUAAAUGUAGCAGCCCCCCCUUUCAUGUUUGUGUACAAAAUGAAUGUUGUAUAUUUUGCUUUGUAAAAAGCUGGAUUUACUGUUUAAUUUGUGUUGGGUUUUUUUUAUUGUUUUUGUUUAUAAAAAUUCCGGAAUGUGAAAAAGUAUUGAAUAAAAAAAAAAAAAAAGUUGCUUCGACAAGAUUAAGAGAGUGACAAGUCAUUGCUGACGUCUCACGCGAUGACGUCGCGCAGCAGGAAGUCAUCUUAUCAGCCACUUCCUGCUGUGAUAGUGUUUGUGUUGAGGGUGAAAGACAUCAUUGUUGCAGUUUGGGACGUGAUUGAGCGCUGAAGGCGGUCCUGUGACUGAGCACGCUCAACAUGCAUCCAGCAACUUCCUGCUCCUCAUUUCACAUGUUUGUUUUUUUAUUUGGGAGGACGUCAGUGUCUCUCUCUCUCUAGCACUUGGCCCACUUGGACCACCAACACUCUUUUCUCUCCCCCUCUGUCCUGAACGCCGACGUCAAUCAGUCAGUCCUGGAACCGCAGGACUGGGAAAGGCAAACAUGGUCUCCAUGGCAACCGCUCCUCACUGGGAACCAUCUCAUGUUGUCUUUGACACGCUGCUCCUCCCUCUGGAAUUUUAACCCUCCCGCCCUUCUUUGGCUGUGUGGGGGAGAAAUAGGGAAAUAAUUGUUUUUUUGUUUUAUAUUUGUAUUUUGUUAGUUGAAGAGCUAAAAGCAGUGAAGUUGUCACGUUGUGUUAAUAGAAACACAAAAUCCUUUCCAACAAAGACAAGAUAUUUAACGUUCAAAGUGGAAAACUUUGUUAUUUUUUGCAAAUAUUAGCUCAUUUGGAAUUUGAUGCCUGCGACAUGUUUCAAA